CAGGAAUUUUAAGGACGCCUCCCCCCAAAUUUCAUAUAUAUCUACUAUCAACAUGGAAAUCUCCCCAGAUACUUUACAAUUCAAAGGUAUGUGCUACAAAUGGGCCACGCGACAUCUUUGUUAUGUAAACGGACACAUCCAUCCCGCUGGAUGUAAACUCAACGCAACGUUCACACAACACGGAAGAGAACACCGUUUGCCAUGAUUGAACUAUUUGUGCCUGUUUCACAUAUCUAUGAUUCGGUGCCAAGACGCCCGUAUAAGCAUCGCAGCAUUUUACUAACACCACCAGGUCCUUUCGUUAAGCCUUCCACUGAACACAUUGUUUUGAAGAACAACACCGAUACCGUUCUCGCGUUCAAGGUCAAGACCACCGCGCCAAGAUUGUACUGUGUCAGACCAAACGCUUCUGUGGUUGCCCCUGGUGAGCAAUUGGAUGUUUCCAUCAUCUUGCAGGGGUUAGAAGAAGAGCCAGCCGCCGAUUUUGCCUGUCGCGACAAGUUCUUGGUUGUGACCUUGCCAUGUCCAUACCAGCUUGACGAUGCCAACUCCGUGUCCGCCAUGUGGACCCAGUUGGAAGGCGAGUUCAAGUCACAGUCCAAGUCCAAAAAGAUCAGAGUUGAGUACGUCAGUGGCUCUUCCACGGCCGAGGUUGCUGCCACCUCCGCUGCCGGUGUCACCGCCGCUGUCGGUGCCGCUGUCGCGGGUGCUUCCACUGCUUUCAACUCCGAAAAGGCUGGCAACUCUACCCUUACCGCCACUGCCGCUUCUCACAAGAAGGACUUGGACGAAUCCAAUGUCAAGAUUGCCGAGUUGAACGAAAAGUUGGAGUCCAACAAGAUCGAGGCUACUGCUCCAAAGGUUGCUGGUGGCGCUGUUGCCACCAAGGAUGCCCCACCAGCUGGUGCUUUGUGGAUCGGUAUCGUUGCUUUGGUUUUGAUGGCUCUCUUCUUGGCUUACACCCUUGUUUAAUAUACGUGUACUAUUUUUCUGAUAUGCUGUUUCUAAGCUUGGCCGUGCUUGUAUCUCAUGGAUGCUACUCAUUGCGAGGACAUGUCUUGCCUACAGCCAUCAGGAUACUCGCCCCCACCUUCCCCUUUUACCAACUUCCUGUGCUAUCCCAAUUUAUAUCGUUUAUACUUUCUUUCUUACCCUUUUUUUAAAAUAUUACGUACUUUUUCUUCCGGUGUGAAUAUGUAUGCUUGAAAACCUUCGCGUCUUCGGUGAUAAUGUGGGUACUGAAAGAACGGGAUGAAGGUCUAAUGUUUAC